AUAUUAACUUUGUAAACAUUUAUCAUAUCACACACACAUUCUGUUUUAACUGAUUUGAGUUGUUGUCAGUUGUAAUAAUUCUAGCCAUUUAGAAAGACUAUAGUCUUUAUAAGAGAUUUUUUUUUGUUUUAUGCUUUUUGAUAGUGUUUGACAUUACCUUCGGGCGAAGAUUUUAUUAUCCUCUUAUACUACGACAACAUACGAUAGUUGAUUGCAAGCAUAUUUUUUGUUAGAAAGCGACAAAAAUACGAUACAUUUCCAAGUUGUUUGUUUGUUUCUCCAUGCAUGGUGUAGAACCAAGUUGCAAAAAGUUUUUUCAUUUCGUUCGAAGCUAAUUUCGAGUUUUUUUUUGGCUUUCACUUGUUAUAUUUUCUAUGUGAUAGUUUUAUUUUUUUUGUGAUAUUUUAUUCGUGAUUUAACUGUGAGAAAAAAUGUGGAAUAAUUUAAUAUCAAAUUCUUCAUAUUCAUUACCGAAUCUAGUGGAUCCUUUUGUCAUUGAAUCGAAUCAAAUACGACGACAACAGCAUCAACAUGAUGAAAAACAUAAAAUGAAUCGAUUCCAUCAUGAUGUUGACGUUGAUAAUGAUAAUAAUGAUGAUGAUAAAAACAUUUUGCCAGGUUAUCUUCUCUAUGAUGAUCGAUUACAUGAAGGCCGUUUUGGUUGUGUUCGUUUGGGUAUACAUCGAUUGACAAUGGUGAAUGUUGUCGUCAAAAUAAUCAACAAAAAUCGAUUCAAGGACGAAUUCGAUUAUAGAAUGAUAUGUGCCGAGAUCGAUGCACUGAAACAUCUGAAUCAUCAUUCGAAUAUUGCCAGACUUUUACAAUUUGAUGAAAUCGGUAACAAUAUAUUUAUCGUUCAAGAAUAUUGUUCACGUGGUAAUCUAGAUAGUUAUAUAGAAAAAAUUUUAUAUGAAAAUGAAAUCAACCAUCAUCAUGAAAAGAAUCGACUGCUGUCUAUCGGUGAUGUGGUACGAAUAUUCACUGAUCUUGUCGAAUGUUUAACAUUCGUACAGGAAUAUUGUGGCAUUUAUCAUGGUGCAAUCAAACCAGCCAACAUAUUAUUUGAUCAUAACAAUCAAAUCAAAUUGAUCGGUUUCUGUCCAACAUAUCUAUUCGGUCAAAAUAAUAGACAAAAAUCUGAGAAUUUAAUCAAACUUCAAUACACGGAAUACGAUGUAUACCAGCCACCCGAAUGUUGGUCAUCAUCAUCAUCGAGCAAUAUUAAACGUUAUCGUAUUUAUUUACCAACUUUAGACGUUUGGAGUUGUGGAAUUUUACUUUAUGAAAUGUUAACCAAUUCAAAACCAUUUACAAUAGGUACAUUGAUGGAAAAAUUCAACAAUUUUUAAACAAAUAAAGUCUGGUAUAUUUCAAAAUCGAAAAGAGCUCACAUUAUCGUACAAUGGAGACGGAGUGCUUGAUCUGAUUGAACAAAUGUUAAAAAUUAAUCCAAUGGAGCGUAUCAGAAUGAAACACAUUUUGCAACAUCCAUGGUUAAAAAAUGGCUGGUGUUCCAAUACCGAUA